AUGACAGAUGUUCAUUCAAUUCAGGUGUCAGAGUUUGGUGGCGACAGUUUCUUUCGGAACGUCAGUGUUGGCGUAGCUGGUCAGUUGAAGGAACAUAAUGUUGAGUUGGUCGAGGCUAUAGUCGCCAUACUUCCUGAACGUAUUGCAUAUGUGGAUUCUUCUGCGACAGUUGCAACGUUUGUGAUUGUUUUCCGGCACCCGGUGCGGAUUGCUGGUAAGAACGCAUUUACGCAACCUUUCGAGGCGAACUUGUGGUACACCAUAUUGGCCACAGUGGCCGUUGCUUCAAUAGUCCUUGGUGUGGCUUUCAGAAUGGAAUCGAAACACCCCGGAGAAUAUUUCCUUACCAUCUUCGGAUUCAUAUGUCAGCAAGGUUAUGAAGACAAAACGUCAAAAUGGACCACAAAGUGGAUUGUUUUAGUGAUGCUUCUGUUUUCGUCGUUGAUGUAUCAAUUCUAUGGAUCUUCCAUCAUAGGUUCUUUAUUAACACCGCCACCGAAAAAUUUGAAAACGCUUCGUCAAUUGAUCGAUAGUGAUCUUCAUGUCACGAUGGAGGAUUUAUUCUACAAUUGGGACUUCUUCAAUACAACCAAAGAUCCGCUAGCUACCGAACUGUUUGUCAAAAAAAUAUUGCGAUUCCCUGACAAACAUGUGGAUGCUUCUCGAGGUGUAGAACUGGUACGGAAAGGUGGUUGCGCGGUUCUGUCUGACAUUGGACACUCGUACAUGAAAAUGAAAGUAAUGAAGUCACUGGUUGUUUUGCUACUUUUGGUUCACUGCACUGAUGCCAUUAUGAAUGUGAAAUUGCUGGACGAUUACGUUCGAUGGCAGCGUUUGGGGAUUGUAGUGAUUUUUCACUGUAUGAAUCAGAACAGCGAAAUUUUCCAAAUAUCUCAGCAGAUAAGCCUUUCUUUCAACGUUCAACUUUACUACGAAGAUAUUUCAAACUUUUCCCCUUCACUGUGGAACCACAGUCACGUGAUGAGGUUUGAUUAUAACAAGGUUGGAGCUGUUGUCGAUUUGGACUGUGCCGAAACCUCUGGUGUCUUUGAGAGUAUCUCUCGUUACGAGUACUUCAACGGAUCCUACUAUUGGUUAAUGUUUGAAAACGAUUCCCUGGAGUCGGCCACAUGCUUACUGGACGAGCAGAACAUAAACAUAGAUGCGAAGAUUACUCUAGCCGUUUCGAGAGAUGAAAGGAGCACCGCUUUCGAUCUUUACGAUGUGUAUAGCGUUAUCAGGGACCGUGGGUCUCCAUUGAAUGUUACACUGAUGGGUAGUUGGUCAGUGGAACAAGGACUGGAUAUCGCAGUCCACCAGUCGGAGUACGAACGUCGGUUUGAUUUCAGAGGAAUGUGGUUGAAAGCAGGGGUGACGGUGUUGAAUCAAGUUCACAAUAUGACGCUUGUCCAGCACUUGAGCAGUGAGGCAAAAGUAGACAAGUAUGCACUUCACAGAUACGGUUACCGGAUGUGGGAACUGGUCAUGCGGAAGCAUAAUUUCACAAUGCACAUGGUUCGGAUGCCAUCUCGGGGACUGCUGGAUACCGACGGACAUUCUAGUCAGGGAGUUGUUGGUUUGCUGGCCACCAGAGAAUGUGAUUUGAUUGUCAAUUGUUUAUUCUACACGAAACCAAGAGUGGGCUCGUUUGAUUACACGGUAACGGUAGCCGUGUCCAGGAUGCUUUUCGUGUUCCGGCAUCCAAAGAAAACUCAAAGUCAUUAUGGAUUUCUAACACCAUUUCGAUUCGAUCUGUGGAUAGGAGUACUUGUACUUAUUUUGUUCGCAGCAGCCAUACUAUUCGGAAACUUUAAUGCUGAGUCUUAUGAACAGCCCUCCGAAAAUUUAUCCAGGGACAAUCGGAGUCUGUCACUUCUAAUCAUUUUUGGAAUUCUCAAUCAACAAGGAUUUUCGAGUAAAACAACAUACAGUUCGACAAGAAUCACGCUAAUUAGUAUGCUAACGUUUUCAAUUUUAAUCUAUCAAUUCUAUUCGACUUACAUCGUCGGUUAUCUGUUGAUAGUCCCACCGAAAUUCAUGAAUAGUCUUAAGCAUCUACUCAACAGCGAUCUAAAAGUUUUAGUAGAGAAUCUAGAUCACAACAAGUUGUUUCUGAACACAACCAAAGAUCCGGCCAUAAUGGAAUUGUACAAUCGGAAGAUUCUCAACGGAGAAAACAACUUUGUGAACGUUAGCGAAGGAGUUGCACGAGUUAAAGAAGGAGGAUAUGCAUUCCAGUGUGAUCCGACUUAUGUCUAUCCGUUGGCCAAAGAAACAUUUACCGAUAGGGAGAUUUGUGAUCUACAGGAAAUUCAUAUCCAUCCGUCCUAUCCGAUGCACUUGCCGCUCCGUAAGGGUAGUCCCUUCAAGGAAAUGUUCCGCAUUACAUUACGGAAAGCGGUGGAAUCUGCUGUCACCAAGUAUCACCAGGAUCGUUUCUUCAGCAGUAAGCCCAAGUGUGCAACUAACGAGUUGCAAACUACAACAGUUGAUUUGGAGCAAGUUUCAAUGUUGUUCGUUGGACUUUAUAUCGGUAUUCUGUGCUGUUGUGGUAUUCUUUUGUUGGAAAUUUUAAACUACAUCAUUAUGAAAAAAAUUCAGCAAAACAAUUAG